AUGCAGCUUUCGCGUGAAGACUUUGACAAUCCAGAGGUCGCUGGGGCGGUGAACCCCCACCCCGACUACGGUUACUUCCACGAUGCGACAUCGCAGUCAAUGGCAACCAAAUAUGUGGCCAGCCCGUCCAUUCUUAGAUUACUCGCUUUAAAGCAAUGGAUCCUUAGCAGAGGAUGGAGAACUGCCCGUUACGUGAAGGAGCCUGGUGAGGGUCCUAUGUACAGUAUUAUUCAGGAUUACUGUAACUUCCUCAAGCAGCUGGCCCAGGAAGAUAACAACUUUGCUCAGCAGUUUGGGACUGAGUUCCAUCGUCCUGUAUAUGAUCCGGGUAUUUACUCUACGUAUUCCCUGCGUAUGCUAAUAUUUCCUAGAGGCUGGCACAAAUCUUCCCCACUACCCUCUAAGCCACCUACCCCACUGUCUGCCCCCAAGCGCAAGCGUGCUCCACCGAAGAAGGGUCACAAGGCCACCGGUAGCCGGAAGCAGCCGGCGCGCGCCAAGAAGGAUGCUGCCGAGUCGGUGCCGGAGACUGCGUAG